AUGCCCACGCCUCUGUCUCUCCCUGAAAGUUUCUCGGAUUCGUGUCGCAAAUUUUCAUCGUAUCCGUAUAAUCUGAUGAAUGCUCAAAAAUAUGCACCGUCCCUCCUAGCUGUGCACAAGGGCCGGUUGGCCGAUGGUGCGGGCAUACAAUUUGAAAAUGAAGAUAUGCUCAAGAUUCCCGUUCGAGACAUCAACGACAAUGGCACUGCCCCCAAGAGAAACUUAAUCUCGAUUGAUAUUUUGAGAGACUGGAUCGGCGAUACGUUUGAACCGGCGGUGACCAAUUUGACUGGAGGAAAUGGUCAUGUGAUGCCGUCACUCCUCGAAUUUUUGCACGCUUACGGCUCUGAAUCUGGGAAGCGAGAGGUUCGGUUCAGCGGAUUUCGCACCGAGGUUGACGAUAAAACCACCGCCACUGCUAUUCACUCGCUUGGUCGAAGCCCAGACCGCUUCCAGGUCGUCUACAACCUCAAAGCCGUAAGCUACGACCCGGAGCUGAGCGAGACUAAUCGUCUGGUCAUACGACAAGCCACUAUAUAUCACCAAUUUGAUAUCGGGACUGGUAAGCAGAUGUGGAUUAUAGGAGACCCGAGCGCAAAGCUCAAAUCCAUCACUGAUAGCAAGUACGGCAAGAGCAACAAUCAGUCGCAGUUCGAAGAUCCCUUCAAGGCCAGUCUCGAUAUUCACCUCAUGUGGACCACAUGGGUCAUCUCAGAAUGGCCAUUAAUUAUUCAAAUCCUGGAUAAAGAAGUUGAUGAGUUGAGUAUGGCUGAUAAUUAUAUCCCUGAAAAGUCUAUUGCAUCGAGUAUAGAUCCUAGCAAAGAGGUGGCUCGUCGGAUAGAGACUUACCAGAGAUUGGUGAAAGAGACUGCAGCCGCCGCCAACGCAAACUGCAAAACCAUGACUUCUCUGUCAGAGUUCUACGUCAAAUUCCGUCGAACCCAGAACCCGCUGGGGCAAUCCCCCAAGAAGGCUGUCAAUUCUCUCGUGGCAGAAAUUGACAAGAAUAUCCAUGACAUGGAACUCCACGGCAGCCACUUGCUCAUGCUUAGCAGUAUCCUCAGAGAUUCAAUUAAUCAAGUUGAGUCUUACCCCUUAUCUCUCUCCACAUUGCCAGCAUGCAAGAAACUAAAUCUGACCGCGACAAGAUCCGUGAACAUCUCCACAUGCAAACAACAGAGAGACAAGAGGCCAUUAGUAGAAAGCAAGAAGAACUAG